CCGAAUUCCGAUAUUCUUUGUUUAACCGUUGAGCAGAGUGAAAGCGUCGUCUGUUUCCUGCGAGAUAGAUUGUAAAUUAUAUUUUCGUUUUAAUUGUCUAAAGUGCAGCUGGAAACCAUUCAAAAUGAACUAGUUUAGAGUUGGUAGCGUAUUAAGCAGGCUUUGAGCCAAAGUGAAAACCAUAGCUGAACAUUUGAAAGAUCGUUCCUUUACGUUGUAUGUCGAAAAGAAGUGAUUCCGUUGAUAUAGUGAUGCAAUAGUCCGGCGUUGGUGUAGAUGCUAGAUGCGUAUUUAAAUAAGUGUAGCAAAUAUAUGGCCAUACCCUAGUGUUUCCCUAUUCCGAUUGUGAGAAGUCUAUCGGAAUAUAUACUAGGAAUAAACUAAUAAUCUGUGUCAUCCCAGUAACCAGUCAAUUGCAACAUUUGCAUAUAAAGUAUCCAAACCCCAAGUCUGCGGAUGUAAAUGCAAAGGAAGAAAGUUUGUUUCAUUUGAAAAACGAACAAACACACGUCCACGCAAGAGCGUUUUCGUUAUUGUGUGCGUACAAGCUUGCUCAUGUAGAGAACUGGCCAUAAAGGAAAAAGGAAAGGCUGAGUGGCGAGAGGAAGGGUAAAAAUUUGAAGAAGACAUCCAAGCGUUCAAAGCUCGCGUAGGAGCUGUUAGCAACAAACCAAUCGAAGAUACAUAAAAGCUAAACACCAGUAAACAGAUCCAAGUUGAACGGUUUGGACGAUGGUCAACCUAGAGUAAAACUUGACAAAACUGAAACAUCUGUGAUAAUUGUGUAGAUAUUAUUUACAAAUAAUUUAUUGUAGGAUGCUAUCGUGACGCAUCCGCGCUUUGCAGAGAAAAGUUCAAACAUAACGUAUAGUAACACCUAUGAAAUUGUGAAGCUCGAAAUCGAGCAAAAACGAGGGAACCCAAUUCCAAAGACAAAAAUCCGACAAUAAAACAGCGCCAUCAGCAUUGUGAUCUGCUUGUCAACCAGUUUUUCGAAAAAAAAAACUAAAUUACCAGCUCUCAACUAAACAACGCCGUUUAGCGUUCAGCGUUCAAACAUUUCAUCCUGUUGCGGUACAAUCAUCAACAAACCUUGGACUGGUAUUUGUAUGAGUGCACCCCAUCUCACUGUGGAAAUACAUGUAGCAAAACUCAAACUAAUCAGCUGAGAAAGUCUACACAGGCGUACGCACACUCUCACCCCAUGGCAAACCUGUGGUACUAGAGUACGGCAGCAGAGCCCUAGCGAUCUGAAGUCUCCACUCGACUCAUCAUUGUAGAAUCUAAUCCCGAAUCGAAUAGUUCUUUGUUACUGAUAUUGGGGUGAAGUAAAAGUGAGAGCCACAAUCACGGAAGCAUCCGGGUACUAGGCCAGCCCUCAGUAUGUCUGUCCCUGUACGCUGCUAUUCUGUCGAUACUAUGAACAACAACAUCGAUCAGCAACAGCACGUCGGCAUCAGCAGUGGCAGCGCCCGAAUGGAUGACGACGAGUCGAUGAUGCUGAGCAAAGUUCAAGUAUCCGAGGAGAUGCAACACAAUCAGCGGAUGUUGUUAGAGGGCCGGCUUGGGACACCGGAUGCUGCUGAUGCAGUUCUUAUGGUACCACCGCACGAUAGUCAGGCUAGCAACUAUCACCUGAUAACGUCCGGAGCGUCAACCAGCAACGACGACCACCUCACCGGAGGCGGUCUACAGGACUUGGCCGGAGCUAAGUCAUUAUCCCCGCAGAAACAACCACUAUUAGCAUUGACGCAGCUUCAGCCCGGAUUGACUUUCGAGCAGAUGAUGGUCAAACUAAGCGAGCUGCUCGCCUUGGAACCCAAGUAUCAGCCGAACCUCUAUCUGCCCCAGCAAUCAUGCAAUGGCGAAAUUACUAUCGGCACUCGAGACGGCGCGGCCCAUGUGUUGCGCUGCCUUAAGGUGUGGUACGAGCUGCCGAAUGAUGUCCUGUUUGCGGCCAUUAACUUGGUCGAUCGCUUCCUGACCAAGAUGAAGGUAAGGCCAAAACAUAUGGCCUGCAUCUCGGUUAGCUCCUUCCAUCUGGCAGUAAAGCAGUUGUCCCUACCGCAGAUCGACACUGAGGAUUUGGUCGCCAUUUCACAGUGUCGCUGCACGUCACGUGAUCUUGUACGAAUGGCGGACAUAGUUGCCAAUAAACUCGGCGUUCAGAUGAGUAGUGCUCCAGUUACAGCACUGUCAUUCAUUCGAUUGUUUUACUACAUUUUUGAGAACGCCGCGAAUGCUCUCGGGUUGACCGACUUCUUCUCGUCGGCCAUAUCAAUAGCGGACCUGGAAAUGCGUUUGGAGAUUCUAUCCUGCGAUGCCAGCUGCGCUAGCAUUCGUCCCUCGGAAUUGGCACUGGUCAUGAUUUUCACCCAGAUGGAUGCGCACGUUAGUGCAAACAAGGAGAAAGGGUUGUAUAAUCAGCAUAUUCAUGACUUGGUGGACUAUGCCAUUCAACUACAAAAGUUCUGUCGUAUUCCCGAUAGCAGCUUCUUCUACAGUCACAGUAUUGUCGCGAAAAUUCUUUCACAGUAUAACGGACAGCACAAGAUGCCGUAUAAGCAGCGGCUGGUAUGGAAACUGUCAUCCCGCACUAUGAAGGUACUGCGUCCGACGGACAAACUUACAUCGUACCUGCCCACGAUCGCGGAACAUCAUGCUCACAACAGUCACGUUAACAAUAACAAUCUUAGAUUUAGAACCGGUAGCGUUAGCUCCGAAGACGACGGCGAAGAUUGGCCCACUUCACCCAUUGUAGCAGUUUGUGAACAGUUUGACGAGUAAAACGACCCCCCUUAACCACAACGUUCAAACCGCUACAGCGCGCUUGUGUUAGUGGGCCUAGAAGGCCACAUUCUGAACGUCCUAAUUUUGUUAUCUCUGAGAACCCAUAAGUACUACAAUUGAAAUCAAUUUUGUUUUGUUCAACUGUGCUAUCCCUGUGCACAACGUAAAACCUGCUUUCGAAAAGAAGAAAUCUAAUAAUCGUGACCAUAAACUUUAACGAAGCGAACUGUGUGAGUGUUUUCUUUACUGAAAGAAGACUUUGAGACUUUUGCUGAUUAAAAGUGAAAUCGGAAAUUCGAGCACAAGAGAACGACGUCAUCAAACAGGACAUACUUGACCGGCAGUUACUGGAGUGGAGGUACGUGCAAGUAAGUGCUGUAUUCUGCGAGGCGGAUCAUCUACAGUACUACAAUCAACACAUUCAAACAAACCCACGCACGCACACUGUUUAAUGCCUGCGUAGUCCGUUGGUUGCCGUGUUAGCGGACGUUUUAAGUAUAACAACAACCAGACGUGAGUGCGUGCGUUAAUGUAAGCAUCGUAUUUGUCUAAUUUUGAUUAUAAAGCUAAACAAAACCUAAGACAAAAAACACAAAAAAACUGCAACAAAUAAUUUUCUGGAAAAAAUCCAAAAAAACAAUAAAGAAUUAAAAGGAUAAAAAUCAUAAAGAAAAUCAAAAAAAGUACAAAAUAUACAAAAAGUAAAAAAUCUAGAACAUAGGUGUUUAACGCAUAGGACGGGAACAGUUGAAAAGAAUAGGAACGAGAAUUAUUUAACCCAGGUUAAAACAGAAAACAGGCGCAAAAUCUUGACUAGUUAAAAUCUGUUCCAGCAGAAAACGAAUCUGAAGAUUUGUGGAAAUCAGUAGAAAAUCUCACAAACCCUUUGACCGUGACAUAUGUAUGUUUUGUAAACCGAAAACACUAUUUUACGAAGCCAGUACUGAUUGUGUUAUAAGAAAUUUGACGCAAUAAAGCAUACAACUGCGAAACAUAAAACGAUAAAGUACAUCUGAGCUUGUGUGAUUUUUGUAGUAGAUUUUCUCUUAUUGUUUCAACAACAGAAAAUACAACCAUCACUUAAAUUCUGAAUAAAACACAAUAAUCGUCAGUAUAAACGCAAACGCAUAAAUAUUACAAAAUACGUAUAAAUAACAAAUGACACGUUUCAAUCUGUGUAGUAGUGAAAAAUUGUUCCAUUCGCUUUCUAAAACACAGUGAAAAAACAUCUGCUAUAACCAAAUAUAACGAAGUAAUAAGAGAAAAUAGUAGAAAAUACAAUUGGUUCAGAAAAAUCAACAAAACUCAGCCAAAUUCAUCGCACGAUUUUUGUGUUUCAAUGUCGUCCCGUAGCAAUAGUUGUGAGAGGAAACGAUAUCAAAACAGUCGAUUAAGAAAGAAAAAAGGAAGGAAAGGAAAAAUAAGCCGAAAGUGUGAAAUCUCUUUCUCCGUGCCUAACCGAGGGCGAACGCGCAUCAUCAUUAAUUAACCGAGACACACCCCCCGCCGCCGUACCCUCUAACGUCCAUGGCACCCUGUAGUGUGACCUUUAACAUUCACAGGGCCAUGACAGUUGGGAGAAGAAGGAUGCAGAAUAAGACGAAAGUGUCGUAGCAACAGGGGGAUGAAACACCCUUAUAUCCGUAAUUCCAGUGCAUUCCAAUUCGCAGCCCUUACACCUUCGUCCAACCCGAGAGCAAAACCUGUUUCUCUAUCAAUUUUAUUCACUGUUGUCUUUGAUCUCGAAUACUCUCGAGUGUGGACAGUUUGGUGGAAUUGGCACGUUUGGAGUAUGCACCCUGAAACCUCGGAAACGGUUGAGAGUGUUUCAUCCCCGCAUACAUUGAAGCUGAAAGUUUAACAGCAAAAAUGAACAAAAUAGAACAAUUUUGGAACACAUUUUGUCUCCAAAAACAUACACAACAGAAUGUUUACGAGAAAAACAAAAAGUGGCAAAAGCUGGAGAGUAAAGUAUUUUUACUAUAAAAUAUUAAUUUAUAAACAAAGUUAUUGUGAUUCGAUUUAUUUAAAAAAUAACCCGAUUCAUAGAAGAAAUUCUGCAGAUAGGGGAGACAGUCAAAAGGUUAUCUUUUUAUGUAACUGAAAUCGUUAUUUUUAAAAAUAGUGAAAAACAAUACGGCAUGGUAAUCCGCUAAUCAUGUUCGUGUACCUUCCUCUCCUCUGUUUAUAUUUUUUGUAAAUUACGUUUUCCGUUUUUAAACAAAUUAUUUAUUUACAAAGCAAUCCAUUGAUGCGAAGAUACAAAACCUUAAAGAGAAAGAAAAAAGAGCGAUUAAACACUAAGCACGCUCUCACAUGUGCAAGUAGACUGUUGAACAGAGAUAGUUAAGAAGUCAACUGAAGAUAAACCGAAGAAGAGAUUUUUAUUCACCCAAGCUUCAUCUCGAGUGUGUUUUUCCACACAAAAGGAGCACACAAACAAGAAAAAAUAAACAUCGCACUUCAUAAUUCUCGUUCGUUUUUAUUUAUAGCAAUUUCGUGUAAUCGUACUUCCAAAAAACCAAACUUUUUUUAUUUUUAUAUGUAGUUGUACGCACCCCUCUGAUGCUUUUCCCCAUUUUCGGGGACAGUUUCUCUUGGCACCAGUUCUUAAAAUAUUGUCUUUUAGACUUCACUGGUGGAAACUGCAUUUCAUCUUUUUUUAGUAGUUCAGGCAAGAGAGAACUUUUCCCGUUUAUAUCAACUCCUCAUCCUUUCUAUACACAAGACAUCAGCUAGGAUUAUUCCAUAGAACUACUGAAUAAAAAGGAACUAGGAGAGCAAGAGCGGUAAUCUUUUCGUGAAAAGACUAUUUUGAUAGAAAGAACAAGCAAAGAGAAUAAUACACCACACUCAGCCAGAGUAAGAAUUUUAAAGGAAAUCAUGAAGGGUGGUGACAAUGAAAUAAUUGUGUAUGUAUAAUUUAUAUCUUGUAAGGUAUUUGAAAAAAGCGUGAAAAAUGCAAUUCAAUUUCAUUUGAAGACAAAUGAAGGAAAAAAUAAAUACUUUGGUUUAUUUAUAAACUUAA